UCGCGUUUCAUCCCCCUAACGAGACACAUAGAUUAUAAAACGGAGUAGAAACCACGUCAUGGCCAAAUCGGCCUCUCAGGGUGGUAAAAGUGCACCCAUGUAUAUGGUGUAGAUUUGUUGAAAGAGUUACAAAAAAAUAAAUAAAAAUUUAAAAGAAAAAAUUUUCGAAAAAAUUUCUAUGUGAAAAAAAUUCAUUAAAAAACGACCUAAAAUUGUUGAUAAAAAAAAAUAAAAAAAUUAAUUCCUUGUUAAAAGAAAAAAAUUAAAUAAAAAAAAAUAACGAGUGAAAUUCCGCUACUUUUAUACUUCUGUAGUGCAUCCCGAAAAACAAAACCAAAUUGUAGCCUGAAGACACACAAAUCUUCUGUUGUUGCACCUACACGGAAAAAUAUAUCAUUAGUCGCCUUCUCGAGUGGAAAAUUCAAAUAAAAAAAUUACCCAACAAAGGAAAAUUACUCAAAAAAAUUUGUGAAAAUUGUGUGGAAAAUUUCCUGAAAAAAAAACUAAAAAAAAAUUAACAAAAAACUGUGGAAAAAAAAUUAAAUCAAAAAUAAAAUUGGUUCUAAUCGCUGGAAAAUUUAUAAAUUAGCAUAAAUUUAAUGGUGAAAAUUGUGAGACUGUUAUUAUGAUAUUCUGUACAUAAAACCGGAUUGUCCUUAAUAUUGCUUAAAAGACUUCAAAAAGUAGAUAUCUACAAGUAGAGAAAAGAAAACACAUAAAAAAAGUUAAAAGUGCAUCAAGUAAUGUAUGAGGUCUCUCGUUAGAUUAACAACAGGUCUGACAACUUUUCUCGCAGUAACUUUACUGAAAGUACUAAAACCAACCAAACAGCGAGCGUCGCUCAUUUUCCUCGGGAACUUGGUCAUUUAUAGCCUCACAUCUACCGUCGUAGUGCUAGAGGAAAUGUUUCGUGAAACGUUACAAACGUUGGCAUGCUUGAGUGUGCUUGCGGGCGCCUACUCGCUGCACAUGUCGACCCGUGAUCCCUACAGAAAUCCACUAAACGGCAUGAGUUUGGUGCACGACGCGCCGCAAAUGGCGACACAAACGCGCGGCAACGACCUGACAUCACAAAAAUUGUCAACGCCGCCCAAAAAUCCCGGCAAACAACAACAAAAUAUCCCAUUGUUCGACGAAAAUAACGAAAUUCCAGAUUAUUUGAUGAAUCACGAUCCAAUUGGGCCUCUGAUGCAACCGCCGCGCGGAUUACAAGAUUUGUUCGUGGGCGCAAACAAAUACGACAUUCGGUUACAGCAACAGCAAAAACAACAACAACCAUCGUCGUCGCAGCAGCAACAACAGAGUAAAAGAUCAGGUCCGGGAAUUCCGCCAUCAAUGUCACACGGAAUUGCGAGUCAACUUAUGCUUCGGAGUCAACGUGGGCAACGACAGUACGAUGUUCCUCAAAUCGAAUGCCCGCCAGCGAUUGAUGGCAUGGAACGAUUUGCAUGUCCCUCACCCGAUAGACAGGGACGAUAUCGAUGUAUAGACGAUCAUGUUCUGUGUGAUGGAUUUAUAGACUGUCCGGGUAGAGAAGACGAGGAUAGGCAAGCGUGUAUGUUUUAUAAAACGACAAAAGCCCAUUUAGAUGUGUUAGCAGAUGCCCUUCUGAGAUGGGCAAGAGGACGUUAGAUAUUAUAGUUAUAAUAAAUUUAAUGAAUAUAUUAUUAUUUUAAUGUAAAUUGUAUCAUAUAUAAAUAUUAUUAAAUUAUUAUUAUUAUUAUACGUAACACAAAAAUUAUAUUACACCUACUAUAAAAAAAUAUACAUUAUGAUUAUGAUUGAAAAAAAAAAUAUUAAAACAAAAAAAAAGAAAUUGAAAAAAAUCAAAGCCUAUAUAAAUAUAUUUAUAUUAUCAU